CUGAGCCUGUGGCUGUGCGAGGUUCGUCUCUUGCUUCCUCCUUUGUACCAAUAAUUCACGCAUUACCGGAACAUCGCAAAGCUGAGAUAACUAAUCACUUCUUUUGACAGUAUUGACGAUGCCAGAUACUCUGCUGCGAGUGUUGGUGGUAGCUCUGGGUCUCCUAACGUAUCCGAGGGACCAGCCCGGAGUUGAGGAAUGGGAUGAGGUCACCACAGUGGGCAUGCAAAAGCAUGAAGAGAGGCUGUUGGUGGGAGGAGAGAAACUGGACCACAAAAUGUCACCUGUCAGGGAGGAAAUCCCACAUACUGAUAAAAGAGGGCCUCAGGAUGAUGUAAAAAACAUUGAGUCUGAUCAACGUGUGACUGAAAAAGACACGAUGUCAGUCUUACAAGGUGUGUCUGUCAUCCAUCAAGAUUCAGAGGAGGAAGUUGCUGAUCACAACUCAUCAGAAAGAGGACAAGUUAAAGAAAAUUCAGAUCCAAGUUGGCCUCAAAACUCCAAAAGUGAACCUGAGACUGCUCUGAAGACUUCACAAAUUGACAGUGAGCAAAAUGGAGCCCCAGAAGGGCAACACGAAAAGCCUAAAGAGAAGGAAGUGUUCAGCCCCAAAGAACAAGAAUCACCUCCGUCACACUGUCACGUCAUCACACCAGAAAAUGAAACUUCAGAGGACAUCACUGACUGGGAGUGGGAUUUCCUCUGCUACACAUGGAACAUACUCUCCAUCAUUUCUUUGAUCUGCUUCUUUAGGAAAUACCGAAGAAAACAAUCCCAAAUGAAAGAAGAAGAAACCAAGGCCUUCCCAGGGACCUGCACCACUGCUGAAGCACUGCUGCCAGACAACGACACUCUGCAGAAAUUUCACUCUAAAUGUUUGGAAGUCUCCUCCGAUAAGAAGUGGAAGGAGUUCUUGGAGGGGUUUACAAAGGAUCUGUUUGCAGCCAUGAGGACCGCCUGUGAUAGCAAUGGUGGUAUGGUGAUUGAGGACUUUCAGAUAGUGGAUGUGUGCGACAUCAUCGUCCCCUUCACCCCCCCUCAUCCAUACAGUUUCCAGUGUCAGCUGUGGAACAGUGAGCCAAAUGACCUGCUGCCAGAUAUGCAAGCCUGUGGUCAAAUCAAACUGGUGGAAGAUGAGAAAAUCCAAAAUGGCUGCCACUGUCAGUCUCCUAAUUCAGAUGAUAUGGUGUGCUUGCUGCAUUGUGAGGCUGAGAGUGUGAAGACGACGACGACUGAUAUUCGUGAUGUCCUUCUUUGCAUGAAGAACUCGCCCUUCCUUUCAAAAUCACUGGUUACCAGAUGGUUUCAGAGCACUAUCAAACAAGCGUGGGAACAGAUUUCACACAAGUACGAGUUUGAGCUCAACAUUAGCUACAUUAACGCUCCGGGUGCUCUGAUAGUUAGAUUCAGAUCAGGGAAGAAGAUUAGCUUCAGUAUGCGUCCUGUGGUUAAAGUCAACACUGAUGCCCAUUUCUUCAUUACUCAUUGCUCCCCAAACAACUCGGAUACUUCCUGGACACUCUCCCUGACCUGCUAUGAAGAUAGAUUGUUAGAGCACAUCUCUAAACGCCUGCCUGUAAACUCAUGCCACAGACAAACUCUUGAAAUUGCACUUUUCCUUCACAAGAGACAGACAGCACUGUUAGGAAGCAGUGCUCUCAAGGAUGUUCAUUUCAAAGCUGCACUAAUGCAUCUGCUUUUGACCAAAGACCCAUCACAGUGGAAACCAAAUCUUGUGGCUUGUAGGCUACGAGACUUACUGGCCUUCAUGGAGAGAAGCCUCAAUAAAAAACUGCUGCAGCAUGUUCUUAUUGGGAACCCUUUAAGACAGCGAGUUAUUGAACUUCCUGCUGAAUACACUCAUGCAAAGACCGUGAAUCUCUUCCACCCCCUUGUGGUCCACAACUGUAUCUACAAAAAUGCUGUGAUGCAUUUCCAGGAAAUGCUUAGAAAUGCACACAUGCUGAUACAUGAUUAUCUUGAUUAACAGCUCCAUUCGUUUAUUAAAUCAGUAGCCUUAAGUGUGCAGUCUAAGAUAUAUUUUGAAUCUGGUCACUCUUAAGAUCAAGGUGAAUCAUGUCCAUACUUCAUGACUAUUGCAAUGGAAACUUCAGAUACAAGAGAUUAGCAAUUUAUUUUUAAAAUUCACAUUUGAAAUAAGACAAAACUACUACUACUACUACU